AUCUUUUUAUAUAAUUAAAAAUUAAUUUGCAUUUAAUUUUAGAGGAAAAUGAGUUAAGAAAAAAAAAAGAAAAGAGGAAAAUUUAUUUUGUUUACAUGAUUAAAAAAAAAAAGAUUUUAUGACAAUGACAAAAAGUAGAUUUACUUUUAGAACUCCCAACUCUCCUCGAACAUUUAAAAAAAAAAAUUCCCUGAACAUUUUAUUAAAAAAAUUCCUGGAACCUACAACAACACACAAAGACUAAAAAGACAUCGUUUCAUUUGUAACUGUUCAAAGGUCUUGGCUCACCGUUAGAUUCCGGAAGGAGCCUAGUCAAGGAGUCAUGAGCAGAAAAACCACCACCGUCGUGACGUCCACCACACUUCUCUGCUGAUGCAACCUAAGAAGAUUUUACCAAGAUGAAAUAUAGAAAAGGCGAAGAAGAGAAAGAAGAUUAAAGAAUCAGAGAAACUUAAGAAAGAGAACAGUUAUUAUUCAAUUCACAACACGCAUAUUAGACAAGGUUUGAUCUCUUUUAUAGAGCGUACAAUCAGCUCUGCUCUCUCGCUAACUGUUCAACAGUUUGCAACCACACCAAUCAACAUUAGACGCGUAUCAUCAGCAAUCAGAUGCUUCGAUUCCUCUCCUCUCAUAACCCCGCAAGGGUCCAUAUUAAACAGGGUGUUGGGAUUGAAAUUGGGUCAUAAACAACAUGAAUUACCUUAUUGGAGCUUUCAAGCCCGCGUGUAAUAUCUCCAUUGCUUUUUCUGAUGGGAAAACUCGUAAGCAGGUUCCAAUGAAGAAGGAAAAUGGUCAUACUGUUAUGGUUCCUCUUUUCCAAAGUCAAGAAAAUAUUGCUGGAAAGAUUUCAAUAGAGCCACUUCAAGGGAAGAAGGUUGAACACAAUGGCAUCAAAGUUGAGCUUCUUGGUCAAAUAGGAUAUGGAUCCGACAUCGCUGAGAGCCAUUGAGAAAGAGGUGGAGAGUCAUGCUCCACCCAUGGCUGAAGCUGGAGGCAGGGAAGAACCUGCUCCACCAGUGUAAGAGGUACCUGCACAGCUUCAGCAGGCCUUAUUUCAACAAAUAACAGAAUUCUUUAGACAAAUGACUAGAGCUAUUCUACAACCUCAGCAGCCACCACAAAAGUCCCAUUUGGAGAAACUUAGAAAAUAUGGGGUUGUGGAUUUUAUGGGUAAAAAGGAAGAUGACCCUGCAACAGCUGAACAUUGGCUAGAAAGGACGGAAAGGGUCCUUCAGCAGCUCCACUGCACCCCAGAGUAAAAUUUGAAGGUGUUGUGUCCUUACUACAGGAGGAUGCCUAUCAAUGGUGGGACACAGUAUCAAGGGAGGUGCAAUCAAUUUAGAUAACCUGGAAUUUCUUCCUUACAGAGUUCAAGAAGAAAUACAUCAGUAAUGUGUAUUUGGAGGAGUGAAGAAGAGAAUUUAUCAGUUUGAGGUAGAGACAUUGUCUGAUGUGAACCUUCAAGUAAUUGGUAACUUGAAAACCCACAUUCAAGAAUUAAAUGAACAAUAUGGAAAGCACCAAAUCAAGAUGUAUGAAUUUGAAUCUUUGAACCAGCACAAUUAGAUUGUUGUGUAAUUCAAAGAAAAUAUCAGAAAUGGGAUUCUUGACCUAAUUCAUAUGGAGAAUGAAUAAACCAAGAAUAUUAUGCACAUUAAACCUUGCAAGAUAGAAUCUCAGCAAGUUAAUGAGCUUCACAAGAACAAAGGCAACAGCCAAUUUACUCACUAGAGGAGCAGAAACAAUCUCUCAUUAAUAUUCAAGUGUAUCCU